UAAGAGACAGCUCUCUCUCCUUGCGCCCCCGGUUUUCAUUGCGGUUUAUUCUUGUCUUAUCUGCAAGCAAAGCCGCCAGCCAUGGACUCCGGCGGAGGAGCCGUGGUUGACGCGGAUGAUUCAGCGCUGCCAGCUCAGCACCAGGGGCAGUCGCAUCCGCAGGCACAUGGGCAAAAAGUGGCAGCGCAGCAGCAGUCGGUAGGGGGGGGGAAGGGGGGGGGAGCGGGGCCGGCGGUAUGUAAGAGUGAAAGUGAUGCUGCAGCGGCAGUCGGGGGAGCUCACGGGAGCUCACCACUGAGCCUGGCUGGGGACGAGGCCUCCGCUGCGGCGGCGGGCGGGAAGGGAGUCAGCGGCGGAGCGCCCGCCGUGGGUCCAAAGCGCCCCUUGAAGCGCGGGGUAUGGCUGCCUGAGGAAGACGAAAUUUUGAAGGGAUACGUGGCCAAUCAAGGUCCAAAGAACUGGAGCUCGAUCGAGACGAUGGGGCUGCUGGCAAGGAGCGGGAAGAGCUGCCGCCUCAGGUGGAUGAAUCACCUGCGCCCGGAUUUAAACAGGAGGAGCACCAAGUUCACACCUGAGGAAGAGGCUAUUGUUGUCACAAAGCAGAAACUGCAUGGCAACAAAUGGGCGCAGAUCGCGAAGUCCUUGUCAGGACGGACAGACAACGACGUGAAGAAUUUCUGGAAUAUGCGGAUGAAGAAGCUGGCAAAGUUAGCGAGGUUGGAGAAGCAGAGACAGAGGCAGCUGCUGAUCAGUCAAGGAAGCCCGAUAGCAAUGGCAGCAGCGGCUAUGGGCCUUCCUCCGGGGGCGCGCAUGCUGGCAUCACCUGGAGAUGUAGUAGUGUCAUUCAACCCCCGAACUAUCGCGGAAGCUGCCGCCCAACAGCGGCUGAUGGUGUCGUCCUCCGCUGUUCCUGCUCAUCAUCACCGCCUGCAGAAUUUCUGCAAUGCCUCUGCAGGGUUGGCAGGUAACGGCGGCCUGACAGGUAUGGGUACAGCAGGGGCCAGCAUACAUGCCUUGGCCUGUGGUAAUGGUGGUGGAGGCGCUGGCUCCGGCAGUUUGGGCGACAUAUUUGCAUCCCCUUCGCCCAAGGGGUAUGUGCAUGGCAGUGCAAUGGGAGACCUUCUGCAUGUCGAUCCGGAUUGCAUUAUGAGCACGUCAUCAAUCCUCAACCAUCAUCACCACCAUCCUCACCAUCUCUCUCCUCACCACCACCAUAUCCAUCAUUCUCUGCAUGGCCUCUCCCCGACAAAUGGAACAUGUGGCACUAACGGUGGCACAGCUGGUGUCUCACCUACCAGUGCUGCUGCUGCGGCUGCGGCGGCGGCAGCCGCGGCUGCUCUCAUGUCUGGCUGUGGAGAUGGACGCUCAGGCGCUUUGUCUGCUGCUUUGCAGGCUUCAGGCAAGGCAAUCGGUGGGAGCGGAGGUGUGGGCGACUGCUCCAUCGCCAACCAUCACGACCCCUGUGGUCGCCUAAUGACUGUGGGCGGUGCAUUGGAACAUCACCAUCAGCACCAUCAUCAUCAUCAUCAAAACCAGCUGCUGAUGCAGGCACGGGGGUGUGGACUGUUGCUGCAUUCUGGAGGGGGUCUGCACGCUGUACUGAACAGAUGGGGUGAUCUUAAAGGACAGUCGUUAGGGGGAGUUGGGGGAAGAGGGAGCAGUGAUGGUGAUUCCGUAGUGCCGAUCUCAGCAGGCGGCAGUCCAUCAUUCAUGCAGGCAUGUGGCCUGGCAACUACGCCCAGUGCGCAGUGUCUGAUGACCCCCUGCACGCGCCCAGGGAGUGUACUAACAGGGGUGGGACGAACAUCGCCGACCUGCAUGCCUGUACACCUGUCGGAAAUGUUGAAGGUGCACAACUCACCAGUGAGCUUGGUGUGCGACAUGACGACAGGAAAGCCGACAAUGGAUGGCCUGACAAAGGCCCUAGGAUUCGCGGAGCCACAGUCAGCCGAUGUUGGCGACAGCGGCAUCGGCAGUGGUGGUGUCUGCCUCGAUGGGGGCGUGACAACGGACUGUUCCACCGACCCAAACAUGUCCAGCAGCUGCAAUUCGACGGAGUCAUCGGGGACCCAUCAGCCGCAGUACAUGAUGACAGGUGGAAGCACUGGCAUGGCUGCGUCUGGGGUGCCGAGUUGUGCAGCCCCACUCAACGGCCAAGGUGCAAUGGCCCCUUCCGUCGCGCGUGCGGCAGCGGUCACAUGCCUUGACGGCGAUGUGGAGUCGCCCACAGUUUUCAGAAACAAUAACAUGCCCAGGAGCACUUCAGCAGGUACUGCCACGGUCCCAGCCGGUGCGAUCAAUCUUGAUGUAGAAAGGAAUCUAGUUAGUAACAGUAACGCUUUCAGCACUGCGGACAGGGCCUUGGAGGCAGUAACCAACGGAAAAGCAGCGAUGAGCGGUGGAGGUAAUGGUAGCGGUGCGUCGUCAUCUUCACCAUCACAUCGUCAUCAGCAGCAGCAGAGUGUUGGAUGCACUGCAAGCAGCAAGGACCUCCUGGACAACCUUGGCAUCGGCGUCGAGGGAGCAGUAAGAUCGGCUGUCAAUGGAGCAAACAUAGCAGCAGCCAUCGGGCAGUCUCUUAUGCCGCUUGAUGUCUGCUUUGGGCGUGCCGGUGUUGAUGUGGACGCAGGGUUGGCGACCAUGAGCGAGUCGCAGGCCACGACGAUGUCAGCUCCUCCUCGGAUGAGCCCAAGGAUGUCGUCAUCAAACGUCACCCUGAGGGGACAAACGACUCCAGUGCUGAACCGUAGCCCGAGCUUCACCUUUUCAGCGGAUAUGGCUGCCACCACUCCCCGAUCAUCAUCCAUCGCAGCUGGCGGAACAGGGACCACGCUGAUGGUCGGUGGCGAGAAAAGGCAGAGGGCUCCUGGAACUGUAUCUGACAGAGUACCCACGUCUCGACAGCAGCGCUCUCAAGCAGAUGACAAUGCCUUCAGCUCCGUUGCGGAGCAUGGCAAUACUGGCCCCUCUGUGGUGGCAAUGGAGGCUACAGCAGCAAUAGACAACCUCAGCCCUCGAGAACGCAGAGUCCCACUCCUCUCAGUGGCGGCUCAAUCACGGCAGAAGCAGGAGCAGCUGGAACAACAACAGCGGCAGCAACAGCAACAGCAAGAGCAGCAGCAGCAGCAGCAGCAGGAGCAGCAACUGCAGAGGGGAGAAUUCGACAGAGUACCCCGCUGCUUACCAGCAUCACCAGAUUUUGGUACAACAACAAUGCGGCAGUUUGGAGGACUAGCGAGCAGUGGCAUGGGGUGUGCAGCAGCGACCAUGGCCAUCAUGAUGGCUGGCAGGCCUGAUCAGGCACUUUUGAUGAUGGCAGGUGGGCCUACAACAGGCCCUGAACUAGCCUCGUUGAAUGCUGUGGUUCCUUCCCGGCAAGACUUUCAAGCUGCACCACAGGAAAUAGGGGAAAACAGGACGGAUGUGCAGGUUGAUGAUGAAGAGGAGGAAGAGGAGGAAGCAGAGGAAGAGGAUGAUGAAGAGGAGACAGCUGAGGUGAUAGACUCCAAGGCAAUCAUGGACUGGGACUUCGGUGGUAUUGGCGUGGUCCCCUCCGGUACUCGAGCAUGGCCAGGAAGCACGGGAGCGGGCAUGAGUGGUUUCCUUUCCGGUCCUCAGCCGGUAACUCUUCCUUCUCAUGACCCUCGGCAGCAGCAGCAGCAGCAUCAGCAUCAGCAUCAGCAACAGCAACAGCAACAGCAACAGCAACAUCAUGAGCAGGUGAGAGGAUUGAUUGCUAGGGAUGCUCGCCAUGUUUUGCUGGGCCAAUUGGAGGGAGACAGAGAUGAUGAGGAGAUGGUCUCUAGGGUAACAUGUGCAGAUCUUGGCUGUCAGCCCCAAUCCAGAUCCGGUCACCGUAGGUCGCAACCCCAGGUGAGGAUCAGCUGUCCAAACUCCGAUCCUGACCAGGAUACGGCUGCAUCAAUGGGCUCUGAUUCAGAUCCCGGUUUCAGUGAUGGCAUGCAGGUCGAGCCGUCGAAGGCGAUGAUCAGCGGCCUGAGGGUUGGUGGUGUGGGAAGCCGCUACAUGGACGCUGCAUAUGGCUCUACGCAUCCCUGCGCUUCUUCUGCGGCAGUGGAGACUUCAUCACCCUUAACUCAGACCUCCCGACUGCAGAUGAGAAUGCCCACGACUGUUGGCAUCCACACCCAACCCACCAAUGGGCGGAGGUUGGCAGUCGGGUUUAGUGGGCAUGCUCACCCACAGCAGGAGCAGCAACAGCACCACUAUCGGUUUUGUUCUUCCUCACUGUUGCAGACCAAUGGCAUGAGGGACGCGACACCACCAUUAGGGGAAGCUGCAGUCCCACCACUCCGUAAGAGGGUGGAAACUGGUGACGUGUGUGGUGUUGCUGGGGCCUCUGCCCUGCGCUAUGGGGGUCCCCCCUCCGCCAUGACUUCCGUUUCUCAUGCCGACACAUUCAGGAAGGGUAAUGACUGCCUGGAGAGCAACCGCUUAGCAUCUGUCCCUGUCUCGGCAGUAUUAUCUGGGGGAGACGGAUCGCUCUCCUGGGCCCAGCAAUACAACGACCUGGAUACAGUGUUCCUCGACUCGGAGGCGGAUAGCAUUGAACGAAUGCUGGAUUCCUGCUGAUUCAUCAUGCACAGUGUGCAUUACUUUCCCUGCAGUGGGAGCGCCCAUGCUUUGUGCUAUUCACUCCAUUCACCAUCUCCUCGUCUCCGCUCUGCUGUGUUUGCCAAUUCGUUUGUGCGGAAGAUGGUGAGAUUGUCUAUUGCAAGAAGCACAGACCACAGUGUCCAAUGCUAGUAUAAAGGGCAUUGGAAAGGGCACCGUCAUUCAUCCCAUAUUCGGCACGAUGCAGUACGUGCUACCUUUUAUUUUCCUUUCUUUGCCACAGUUGUUAUCAUCAGGGUUCGACAUUUGUCCUACCCGGUGCGCGGUAGUCACCUACACUCUCUUGCUCUCACAUUGUCACAUUGUGGCAAGCGCUCACACUUUGAUGACGGUGGAGGAGGAGGGGUGGGAUAGAGAGGACGAUGGAGGAACCACAUUUGCGAGUCCAAUGUAAUGAUAGUAUAAUCCACAUCUGAGGCCUCACAUUGAAGACUCCAUCUACUACUAAAUUACAUGGUGAUCAAGACUAGCAAACGUCGAGGGCCCUUUGUACAGUCCAUCCCGCUAUUGCAACAGGAGUAGAUUGGGAUCAAGCACUGGAAACUGAGAGCUGUGAGGCUUGUCCGGGAGCUUGUCAUGCAGUUGGUGUUGGGCACUUGCUAAGUUAGUGGGCAAAGUCUGGGGGACCGAGGCCAGCAUCUGUAGCCGUUCCUUCCCAUUGAUUCUGUAGGGAUUUAGAAUCACGCGAAUAUUCGCAAUCUAACCUCUCACUUCUGCUUUCCUCCCUCCCCUGCGUACAUGUACCCAGCAAUUUAAACUUCUCCGGAAGAUUAUUUCUGUUCUCAUUCAUGGCAGGAUGGAUGCAGUCCACACUUAACCAGAUGUUUCUCGUCCAUCCCCUCUCUUCCUGUCCUCAUAGUUGCUUGUCCUGUGUAGUACCUAUAUAGCGGUGCCUUGGCACGGAUAUAACCGAGGUUCUUUUCUAGUUAGCUAGGUAGAGUCCCGAUCUUUUGCCUAGGAAGCGUAGGCAGUUGAUUAACCUUGGUUCUGUUCUAGUUAGCUAGGUGCUUGAGAAAGUUAUUUCUAUGUGGUUGAAUAACGAGCAUGAAGAUGCUUCUCCUCACCUUUCAUCAGUUUAGUUGGAAGCAGGGAGCUGCCUGAGUUUUGGAAGUGCGUGGACUGACAGCUUGAUGCUUGCCAAUCCAUUUCAGAGCAAUCACUUGGGAGGAGGUGUGGGGGUGUCAGGCGGGGGGUGGGGGUGGCGGUGGGAGUGAGAGUGGGAGUUGAGAGUAGGACAGUGUCAAUACAAGUCUUACAAACGAGCUCCUUUAAGAUGCUAUUGGAUGGGCGGGAACUCCAUGCUCAUCACUGUAGAGUUCUCUGGACAGGGAAAACCCAACGUAGCUCUUUCGUGUAGGGAGGAUGCAAGCAAGCAAGGAUAGAGAGCGAGAGGGAGCAGCUCUCACUCCA